AUGGAUAAUUGCGACGUCGUUCAUGUAUCCACCUCACCCGCUAGGGGCAAUGAAAACCAUGCGGUGAACGAGCGAUCCUCGGUCUCUCCGGCCAACACCAGCCAUGCUGUUGCCCUUCAAAAUGCAGCGGCUCCGACUAGGAAUGUCACCCAUGAGGACUCAAUGCUCGCCGCGUCCCCUCCGGAGUCGAAAAAUUCGUCAGUCUAUGUCGAUAGAGCCCACAAGGAUGGGGCAAAGCGCAAGCGAGAUGUGGAUGAAAUAGCGGAUACGUCGACAAGUAAAAGAGUUGUUGACGAGACAGAGAUUGUUGACGAGACAGGCAUUUUGGAUAACACGGACAGUUCUGACGAGUCUAUUUCAUCCAAUGAUCCCGGUCUCCAUAGUCCUGAAUAUUACCGACGCCUGGAGGAAAAGUUCGAUGCCGAGCUAGCCCGUCGUGCGGCACUGUCCCCAGAGGCCCGAAAAAAGGAAGAUUUCAAAAAGUCAAGAAGAUACCUCAAGGAUCACAUUACGCCUCGACUCUUAGUUGAUAGAUAUGGCUUGCCCGUGGACUUGGAUUAUUAUCCCCGUUUUAUACUUCAACUAGCACCGGAUUCGCGCAACGGAGCAACUUGCAGAUUGUAUCACUGCACCCACCGUAUUAAACCAGGGGAUUACCGGAUUGCAUUGACGCCAGGGAUGAGCUAUCCGAGAGGUCCAGAUUAUUACCAUGUUAGAUGCUUUGAACAUCUUCUUCAUAUGUCAUCGCCACAUUACGCAGCCCGCUUCGAUGCUGAUAUGGAGAAACACACUCCGGACCGUGGCGCACGAAGUAUUCUCGAGGAAUACAUUUCCCGGUGGAAACUUCGAUUAGCUCCAGCACAGAAUCAGGAAAAUCCAAGUUCCUCCAUUGCUAAAAACAAAGUGGGAGAAAGCGAGAAGCAUUCACCCGAGGCCGAGGCCGAGGCAGCUGAACAACAAGAAGAGCCUGUUACGAUAGACGAUAUUCGAGAAUUGGCAGAUAUUAUAGCAGGCAGAGCACCACCAAUACAAACAGAGUCUGCUCGUGCACGGGCAAGACGCAUUUUUUCCGCAGCGAAAGCAGCCGUUAAGGACAAGUGGAAAAUAGCAGACGAAUUCUAUGAACAAGUACGAAAAGCUGAAACUGAAAGGAUACGGCAGCGUGCCGGAAUAUAUUAUCGCCCAUCUGUAAACGAGGACAAUUCUCGAAAUGAAAAUGAAGGUUGCUCCUGGAAUAUCACGCAAUAUCUGUUCUCAGAGACCGAUCCAAAGUACACCAAGCGCCAUGCUCUCAGCCAGGCAUUGAAAGGAUGGAAAAGGGAUGUCAAACUCGCAACAGCCGAGACAAACAAAUUGAACGAUGCAAGACGCCAAGCACAAGCAAACCUGCCAAUAGAGAAGAUUAAACGGUACGUCUAA